UAAAAUUAAUGAUUAGUAAUUCGGUUCUGCGAGUAAAUUGCCUCAGGGCGAGGGUUUAGGGCUUUAGGAAGGUGACGGAGGCUAGACAACGGAGCUUCGAGGAUUUGCCGUGGUUCUGAUGCUCGGUGGGGUAUGGCAAGGAGGAAAUGCGUAGAUCGAUCGCGGAGGCCUCAAAUCGGCUUGCUCUGAGGGGAGUGUGGAAAUUCGGGCGUCGACUACGAAACGCGAGGUGAAUCACAAGGAGUAAGUGAAAGCAGCACAAGAUGGUGCGGCUAACAGCUGCCCUGAUCUCGGCAAUUCACGAUGGUGCUGAUCUUGCGACCAUCACCUCUCUCAUCGUUCCGCACCGGGAUCUCGAUCAGUUGAUGGGUUUGGACAUGUGCGAAAGAUUGACGAGGCUUGAUCUAAGCGACAACCGAAUUUCCAGUCUUGAGGGGAUUACUUUCUGUACAAAGUUGACAUGGCUGUCGGUCGCUGGGAAUCAGUUGACAAGUUUGAAAGGAGUAGAAAGCUUCACGAAACUUACGGUGCUAAACGCGAGUAAAAACGAGAUAACAUCUAUAACGGAGGUUGCAGGUCUUACAGAACUUCGAGCACUCAUAUUGAAUGAUAAUGAAAUUUCAUCUGUUUGUCGGCUGGAUCGAUUGGUCAACCUGAAUACUGUUGUUCUAUCACGUAAUCCCAUCCGAAAUUUUGGAAAUUUCGCCUCCAAGCUUAUGUCCUUGAAAAAGCUGUCCAUGUCUCAUUGCCAAGUGCAGGUAAUAGGUAGUGCUCUUAAACGUUGUGCGACAAUCGAGGAACUUCGGCUGGCACACAAUCAGCUCUCGAGUCUUCCCCAAGAGCUUGAAAGAAAUGGCCGCUUGACGAUUCUUGACUUGGGAACGAAUUAUUUCAAGAGCUGGUCAGAUUUACAGGUUCUGGGGACACUCCAUAGCCUAGUCAACCUGAAUCUGCGUGGUAAUCCCAUCUGUUCGCAAGAUGGUUACGAAGACGAGGUGAGGAAAAGACUGCCACAACUGCAGGUUCUUGACGGGGAUACUCUCUUAGAGGGGCCCAGGAGAAAAAAGAGUAAGAGCGUCCAGAAAAGUAGAGAUGAUAACGGUGCAAGAGAGCAAGAAAUGGACUCGGACAAAUUCGUGGAGGCAUCUCCCCUCGAGUCGAAGAAGACGAGCCUGAAGGAAAAGAUUGGCCAGAAAGGAUCUUCGGACGAUAGCAAGACCCGUUCGUUUCUAGAAAUGAUCAGCUUGCCAACUGCGCAAACGGAGGAGAAGCAUGCUGUCGAAGAGCCUGUGGGAAUCAAAAUUGGUAGAGAUGGCAAGGUGAAGAAGAAAAAAGAGGAUUCUGGUGUUGUUUCUGUGGUUGAUACAACCAAAGGACGUCAUUUCUUGAACAAACCGAAGAAAAUAGAUGACCUAUUGUCACGGCUUCAACCCAAUAUUGAAAUAGGAACAGGUGGUCCAUCAACCUGGGAUGAUGAGUCAGCUCCGGUUACUCCAGGGUUGGUCUCAAGUGCUCCUGUAUUUGCGACCCCUCCCAAUCCGAGGUCGAUACCAAGUGCUAGUGUCCUUCCAGACCAGCCAGUUGUAAAUGUUGAGCAGAAGCCUUACAAUCGGUGGGCUCUAAAAAAAAAAACUUGA